GUGAUUAGAUCACCUAUUCUAUUAUUUAUAUGAUGGUGGAGGCAUGAGAGGCUACAAUUAUCCAUUACAUGGCAGGUGGACCCACUGUGGCACUUAUCCGUUAUGUUUAGUUGGAAGAGGGAAGAUUGAGGAUUGGGAUUAUUAUAAGCAUUGAACCAAAGGGGAAUGUGAGAAGGGAACUGAGGAGAAAGUUCCUACAAAACCUUUGUUAUUAUGGUUUUAAAGUAGAGGAAGAGAAAAAGGGGGGAGAAAAUCUUUGGCAUACAAGAUACAGAAGUGAUUGUUUUGGGGUGAUGAUGGCACCACAUGGGUGGUACUGAAAGUGCCGUCUUUCUGUAGGAUAUGUGUUUGAUGAAUUGCUCCUGAGAGAUAGAGUGCUUGAGGUUUCUCCAAUAUACAUUGUUCACGUGUUCUUCUGCUGAUUUUCUCUGCAAAUCUUAUCUGUUUCUUUCCAUUGGCAGGUCUUUGUGUGGAGAAUUGGACUGGUGUUUUCUUGGGGGAGUCAGUGCUUUGCUGUUUGUUUGGCUAGAGAGAGAGAGAGAGAGAAUGGAUAGUAAGAGACAAGUGGGUUCCUCUACUUCCUUCAUUUCUGAACUUUUUGGGAUCAAGGAGUCACCAACAUCUCUGUCCACUGGAAUUUUUGCUUCCAUCUUCCCACCAGACCCACCUCCAUAUGCGGUGAUAGGGAGGAACACCUCAAGCUCAAAGGCCUUAGAACCCUGGCAAAAACAACCAAUUGAAAAUCGAACUUGGAAUGUGAACCAUGGAAUGCAAGCUUCUUAUCCAGAGGGCGCAACCUAUAACUCACCCAACAAGGAAAGGAACUCUAUUUAUCAGGAAGAGAGGGUAGAACCCUGCCAUCUAAGUUCAUCUCUUUACUAUGGUGGGCAAGACAUCUAUUCCCAUUCUGCAAGUACUCAAACCACUGCGUCAUACCCUAUUUUAAACAAAUGUGGGGAAGAAGAUGAUCCCAACGGAAACAACUCACAGGGUGCUUCCAGAGGAAAUUGGUGGCAAGGCUCCCUUUAUUACUAAGGCCUAUGCUUCCAUAUCCAUGAGAAAUUUCUGUAGGUAAGUUUAUUUGCAAGAUUCACUUAAAUAGAAGGUGAAUGAAAAAUCUGUUGCACGAUCAAAUGUAAAGGCAAGAAAAAUCUGCAGUUCUGUUUAACCAUAGACAAAUGUAAAGGCAAUACUAGUAUCUGUUGCAUAAAGUGUUGACUUUCUGCAAACGUUUCCUUUGUGUAAUUCUCUGUUUUUUCCUCCUUUCUUUUCUUUUUGUUUUUUAAAUUUCCCCUUACUUGUUUCCAAAACAGAAACCUAAUUCUCUGCUUUACUAUUGACAUUUUGCAGGAUGCAUAUAGCCCUUGCAAUAACUAAUAAUUUUCCAAGAUCGCAACAUAAAUAAAUAGCCAGACUUCAGACUUGGGCAGGGAUUCGUUAUGGUUUCUCCAUGAUGGAUAGUUACCCUCUCUAUGGGUGGUUUAUAAGUUUCUCAAGCAGUUGACUAUUGUCUUUUUUUUUUUUCAUGUUCCAAGGAUUGGUAAUUUAGGUCUUCCUUUAUAAAUGUAAAUGCUGAUACCUGAGUUUGCCCAUCCAAAUACCAUUUCCCUGUUCUUUUCCAUCUGCAAGGAUUAAUGUCACACCCGGGUAGCGAUUCGAAUUUGAG